AUGUCGGCUCCACCGCGAGUCCGGUCUGUGGAUUCCGCCGACCGAGAAUUCCGAUCAGUUCUUAGUCCCGCCGGUAACAAGCUGCAGCAGAAACCGUUGUCAAAGCCGGUGAAGAAGCCUGUGGCUGAUGGUAAAACGAAAAAUCUAACCUUUACGGCGUCUCCGGCGAAGAAAAUGCCGCAAUGCUCGCCUCUAAGCCCUUCAAUUCUGAGGCGAAACGGUAUCUCGAUGAACGCAUCGUAUUCGUCGGAUGCGUCGUCUUCGUGCGAAUCGUCGCCGUUGAGUAUGGCGUCUACUUCGAGCGGGAAGAGGGCUUUGCGGCGUAGCGGGUCAAACUCUUCGUCGUCACUGAGAAGGAAUCUGACGGAGGAGAGAGAUGAAAAGGCCAGUGAUUGCUUCUCUGAUGGUCGUAAAAGAUGCGCUUGGAUCACUCCCAAAUCUGGUAGGAAAUACAAUUUCUUCCUCAUAUUUGACCAAUGUUACAUUGCUUUCCACGACCAAGAGUGGGGAGUUCCUGUCCAUGAUGACAAGAAACUUUUCGAGUUAUUAAGCCUAUCUGGUGCACUUGCCGAACUAUCCUGGAAAGACAUUCUUUCCAAAAGACAACUAUUCAGGGAAGUUUUCAUGGACUUUGAUCCAAUUGCAAUAUCCGAACUAACUAACAAAAAGAUAGCAUCAUCCCUUGAGAUUGCUACCACUCCAUUACUAUCAGAGCAAAAGCUUCGGUCAAUCCUCGAAAAUGCAAACCAAGUUCGCAAGAUAGUAGUUGAAUUUGGAUCAUUUGACAAGUACAUUUGGAACUUCGUUAACCAAAAGCCUACGCAGAGCCAAUUCCGGUACCCACGGCAAGUCCCCGUGAAGACUUCCAAAGCCGAGUUGAUAAGCAAAGACCUUGUUCGCAGAGGCUUUCGCAGUGUUAGCCCAACGGUUAUCUACUCCUUCAUGCAAACAGCUGGUCUCACCAACGACCAUCUCACUAGCUGCUUCAGACACCAAGACUGCUUAUCAAAAGACGAGACCGGAAACUGA